CGUUACCACGUACGUACAGCGGCGAGGGUGUGGACGUACCAUAGCAUUCAAUCUUCAGGAGAUAACAUAACGCUGCUAAUAACUUCUUCUGUGUUUGUCUGCUUAACGCGACAACGGGGGGAUAAAUCAGAGUUGUGUGAGUGACACUGAGCUACUGAUUCAGUCCCAGAUGAGGGACUGAUGCCGGCCAGGACACCCUUUGGCCGCCUUUCUUGCCUGUACCAGUUUAGUUCUGCAUUGACUCUCACUGUACAUUAAGGAAGAACAGAGAACGUCAGUAAAAUGGAUGAUAUCUUCACCCAGUGCCGGGAAGGCAAUGCAGUAGCCGUUCGCCUAUGGUUGGACAACACAGAAAAUGACCUCAAUCAAGGAGAUGACCACGGCUUCAGCCCCCUCCACUGGGCGUGCAGGGAGGGCCGUUCCAGCGUGGUGGACAUGCUCAUCAUGAGAGGGGCUCGCAUUAACGUCAUGAACCGCGGAGAUGACACACCUCUGCACCUCGCUGCCAGCCAUGGCCAUCGAGACAUCGUAGGAAAGCUGAUCCAGUGCAAAGCAGACACUAAUGCAGCCAAUGAACACGGGAACACACCACUGCAUUAUGCUUGCUUCUGGGGCCAAGACCAAGUAGCUGAGGACCUUGUGACUAACGGGGCACAGGUGAGCAUCUGUAACAAAUAUGGGGAAACUCCCUUGGACAAAGGCAAACCUCACCUGCGGGAGCUCCUCAGAGAAAAGGCAGAGAAAAUGGGACAGAACUUGACUAAAAUUCCCUUCAAGGACACAUUUUGGAAAGGCACCACAAGAACUCGGCCCCGUAAUGGCACGUUAAAUAAACACGCAGGCAUCGACUACAAACAGCUCUCUCUUCUGGCUAAAAUAAAUGAGAACCAGUCUGGAGAGCUGUGGCAAGGACGUUGGCAGGGAAAUGAGAUUGUUGUUAAGGUGCUAAAGGUUCGUGACUGGACCACAAGGAAAAGCAGAGACUUCAAUGAGGAAUAUCCCAAACUCAGGAUAUUUUCCCACCCGAAUGUCCUUCCCAUGUUGGGAGCAUGUCAGUGUCCUCCCGCCCCUCACCCCAUCAUCAUCACACACUGGAUGCCUUAUGGCUCCCUCUACAAUGUGCUGCAUGAAGGCACCAAUUUUGUGGUGGACCAGACACAGGCAGUGAAGUUUGCACUGGACAUUGCAAGUGGAAUGGCCUUCUUACACACACUUGAACCCAUGAUCCCUCGUCAUUAUCUCAACAGUAAAAGUAUUAUGAUUGAUGAAGACAUGACGGCCAGGAUCAGUAUGGCAGACGUCAAGUUCUCCUUCCAGUGCCCUGGCAGGAUGUACUCGCCUGCAUGGGUAGCCCCGGAGGCCCUGCAGAAGAAACCUGAAGAGAUUAACCGUCGGUCAGCAGACAUGUGGAGCUUUGCCAUCCUGCUCUGGGAGUUGGUGACCCGAGAGGUGCCCUUUGCUGACCUUUCAAACAUGGAAAUAGGCAUGAAGGUUUCUUUGGAGGGGUUGAGGCCCACUAUCCCACCUGGCAUCUCACCACACAUUUGCAAGCUCAUGAAGAUAUGCAUGAACGAGGAUCCAGCAAAGAGGCCUAAAUUUGACAUGAUUGUGCCAAUUCUGGAAAAAAUGCAAGACAAAUGAAAAAAGACCCUCUGUGCCAUUAUUUACUGAACACUUACAUUACUGGAUAUCUUACCCCAGAUAUCAGUCUGAUAUGGUGGUGUGGUGCUUACCAGUAUUGCCUUAAACUCUUAACUCUACCGCUGCAUUCGAUGCCACUGUAGCUUUUACUUCUGAGAUGAAUUCAGCAGCAGUCACUUAUUUUAUAUAUGUUUUUUUGCCUUUUUUUAAUGUGUGUUUUUAUCAGUCUCCUCAACUUUGUCUUUGCAGAACUUAAAGAUCUUCUAAACUGAAAUCAUGUGAACUUAGUACAAUCCUCUGUAAGUGACUGAAUAACCUGUGGAGCAUGACAGUCUGCUGCAUUGCUUCAAUAGAUUUAAGGCCUUGUUAAUGCAAAACUUGCUGUUUUUGGGGAAAGAAGUAGUGUAUCUCUGUUGUUUGCCUUAAUAACAAAAUGUAUGUAAUCAGGCCAGCAUGACAAACAUCUAAAACCAAG